GUUGCUUUUGUUUCCGUAACUUGGUGACUAUCGGCGCUAGUCGACCGGAGCAGGCAGGGCUUGGUUCUGCACGUGUGUACUGAUUCAUCAAAGAGGAGACGGACACGCAGUGAUCAUGGGGAAGUCCAACAGCAAGCUGAAACCAGAGGUGGUGGAGGAACUCACCAGGAAGACCUACUUUACGGAGAAGGAGGUCCAGCAGUGGUAUCGGGGCUUCAUUAAAGACUGCCCCAGUGGGCAGCUGGACGCUGCUGGGUUCCAGAAGAUCUAUAAGCAGUUCUUCCCCUUCGGAGACCCCACCAAGUUCGCCUCCUUCGUCUUCAACGUCUUCGAUGAGAACAAG